GGUGACAAAAAAAUAAAAACUGAUUUGAUUUUGCCACACUCUGUAACUCAUCAACAUCAGCAUCCUCACCAUUCUUGUCGUCCAUUGCAGUUUUCAGAAGAGAGACAUCAGACAUGGCCACUCUUAGAGUACCAGAAGCUGUUCCUUCUCCUGAACAAGACUGUGAGAGACUCCACAAAGCCUUUGAAGGAUUUGGAACGGAUGAGGAGGCUGUGAUAUGGGUACUGGGACAUAGGAAUGCAAGUCAAAGGAGAGAAAUCAGAGACACUUAUCAACGCCUUUACAAUAAGUCCCUCAUUGAUGUUCUCCAUUCUGAACUCUCUGGAGAUUUUAGGGAUGCAGUAAUUAUGUGGACAUAUGAUCCUCCUGAAAGGGAUGCUAAACUGGCAAGAGACGCACUGAAGCAGAAGAAGAAAGGCAUAAAACAACUGAAAGUGCUAGUUGAGAUAGCAUGUGCAUCAUCUCCUCACCACUUGAUGGCAGUGAGGCAGGUCUAUGGUUCACUUUUUGAAUGCUCACUUGAGGAGGACAUUGCAUCCAAUCUUUCCCUCCCCCUCAGAAAGCUUCUAGUGGGUUUAGUGAGCUCAUACAGGUAUGACAGAGAGCUAGUGGAUUCCGGCAUUGCCAGUUCAGAGGCACUGAAGCUACAUGAAGCCAUCAAGACAAAGCAGUUAGAUCACAAUCAUGUUGUUUCCAUACUCAGCACAAGGAAUAUAUUUCAGCUUAGAGAAACCUUUGAGUGUUACAAGCAAAACUAUGGAACUUCCAUUGACCAGGACAUUAAAAAUUGUGGCGCUGGUGAUUUGGAAUCUCUCUUGACCUUGGUAAUUACUUGCAUUGAUACACCAGAGAAACAAUUUGCACAGGUCAUUAAUGAGUCUGUGGUUGGGCUCGGGACGGAUGAAGAGUCUCUGAAUAGAGCCAUUGUAAGCCGAGCUGAGAUUGACAUGAUCAAAAUCAGAGAGGAGUAUUCCACACUUUUCAAAACCAGCCUGGAAGAUGAUGUUAAGGGUGACACAUCCGGAGACUACAAAGACUUCCUGCUGACCCUGCUGGGAGCAAGAUUCUGAUUCAUUCUUCUCAUAAGUACUCAUUUCAUUUCAUUUCAACUGAGACUUCUGAUUUGGUUUUAGAAGAAAGUUGUAUGAUUACAUUAGAGUUCCUAAACUGGUCAUUUACGUGUGGCUUUAUUGACAGUGUGUAAAUACUUUCAAAUUGCUUUU